UACUAUAUCGACAUGUUGGUAGUGUUAACUUGAAACAGUUCAAAGAGAUACAUUUUAAAGAUGGAUCAGGAGAAGACUGUUAAUGUCGAAAUUUGCGCUGCUUGUCUAAGAGACAAUGAUACUGCUGAAGCCAAACACUGGUGUUGUGACUGUGCUGAGGCAUUGUGUGAUGAUUGCGGGAAGGUUCAUAGAAAGUCUAGAUUCACAACCUCGCAUAAACUUAUCCGUCUCCGGGAAGUGAAAAAUUCUAAAUCAUUUCUAAUGGCUACGUCUUUCCUCUGCGAUCUCCAUUCAGAUUUAAGGGUGACUUUCUACUGCAAUAGACAUGACCAGCUGAUUUGCCAAACCUGUCUGUUACAGACACAUAAAGACUGUAAAUAUAUUACUGCAAUUGAACAGCUAAUGCCACAGAGACCUCGCAGUAGUAGUAACGACCAUUUUGAUGUUCUACAGAAGCAAGCAUUAAAACUUGCAGACUCCUUAAACCAACUCAUAGAUACAAGGAAAGAAAACCUAGCAAAACUUGAUGAACAAAACAAGACAAUUCAAGCAACAAUUAAGAAAACAAAGUCUGAAAUCAUAGAUCAUCUUACAAAACUAGAAGAAGAACUACUACAUAGUCUGAGUGUCAAAUACGACUCAUGCGUUGAACAAAUAGAUGAUGAAAUUUCCCAGCUUCAACGAAAUAGAGAACUGAUGUCCAUUCACGAUAGUGAUAUUGAAUUGAUGAGAAAAAAUGGUUCUGAACCUUAUAAGUUCACAAUUGUAAAGAAGUUUGAACAGACUAAACCAAGGACUGAGGAUAUUAUAGGUAACUUCAGAGAUAAAUAUAAACCACUGGUAAUAGAUUUCACCCAAAACGAAGAACAAUUAGCAUCGCUUUACAAUGCACUGGGUUGGGUCGAUAUCAAAGUUAUUAACCGAGUCCCACCUAAUGUCAGUGCAAUAACAACUCCACCUAGGCCAAUCAGCAAACACUGGGAAAGUCCAACAGAGAGCAACAAGGUUGUAACUAGACCUGUAUCAACUCGAUCCGUUAGUAAUUUCAAAGAAAAUGAAAUGUCGUUAAAAAAACUUGUACCUCAAACUCCCUCGAUAACACAGCUAGUACUAUACAAAAAAAUCCCAACGUCUUCAUCAUUAGGAGAACAUAUCACCGUUUCACGUGGCUGUUUUAUAUCAGGAAAGCAUAUUCUUUUAUGCGAUGCACAAAAUAGAUGUAUAUUUAAAUGUAACCUCUACGGGUCAAUGGCCGAUAAAAUUCCAUUGCUGUACUUUCCACAUGAUGUUGCCCUGUUUGACAAAAAUACAGCCGUUGUCGCAGCAGGCGAGAGGGGUAUACAAGUUUUUGAUAUCAUCGAUGGUGAAUGUAGACCAGAUCGGUUUAUAAGGCCUGGUGGGAAAUGCACUGCGAUUUCCUGCAUUGACGAUCAAAUCAUCGUCCGGAGUGGACACUGCAAAAUAAGCAUUCUCGAUCGCGCGGGAAUUUCCAUUUUCAAGAUAAACACCAAAUAUGACCCUUUAAUUUUAAGCGCAGGAAUCAACGGCUCCAUUUACUGGACAAGUAAUAACGGGGAUGAAGUCCAAUGCAUUGCAAGAGAGCGUUCACAAUUCAUCUGCAGAUCUGAGACUUUGGUUGGUCCUACUGGACUUGCUACAGAUGGCACAGGUCACGUAUUUGUUGCUGGGUACGAAUCUGGAAAUAUACAUCAAUUAUCCAACAGAGGAACUAAAUCCAUUGUCUUAGACGAAGGAAUACACCAUCCUUGGGGUCUUGCAUUUGAUCAAGAUUCUCAAAGAUUAAUGAUUAUUAAUGACGACGGAAUAGCUAUCGAUAUUUAUACAGUUUGCAAGUAGACGAAGAAAGAUAACUCAAUUCAUGGACAGAAAAGCGUGACAUUUAAAUCAUUGGCUUUUUUUUCAAAAUGAUAUGGAUAUCAUUGAUUAGCAAAAACGUACAUCAGGGCUGGUUUUUUUUUCUCAAAUAAACAGAUUUAUCGAGGAGGGAUGCCGUCUGAAAUUUGAUUGAAACUGGUAUUGACCCAUUUGGUUUUUUAGAUUGUUUAUUAAGUAAAAAGGUUUGAAAGUUGUCCAUUAAAUCUGUGUUUUA